AUGAGGUCACAUCUUCUUCUUGCGGCCCUGCUAUCAGGCAUUGCUGCUGCAUACGACAAGGAAUCGUCACAUCGUGAGGAAGGGCCGUAUAUAAUGCAACCACAGGAGGUGUACGACGAUAAGGUUGCUCGAUAUUACAUCUUAUCCGGAGGCAGCGUCUUUGCCGUCAUCCUCAUCUGGUCCGCCGUUAUUCGCAUGUCCGCACACAUACGACGCCUAACAAGUCUCUCAAAUGAUACUCAACGAUAUUUCGUUGCCGCACAUAGCUUCUGGGCAUGGAUGAAGCGCCAUGUCAUGUACGCUCCUCUGUUCUGGAAACGGCACAAUCGCGAAUACCGCCUGUCUACUGCAUUGAACAUGGGGACACUCCCUACUCGCUUCCACACCGUGCUUCUCCUAAUGGUUGUCGGGAGCAAUGCGUUUUUAUGUUGUUAUAACCUCCCCUUCUCGAAACCUGAGCAGGAGUUUCUUCCUUCCAUACGCAAACGGACUGGCACGAUGGCAGUUGUCAACCUCAUUCCUUUAGUUCUUAUGGCUGGCCGAAAUAAUCCCUUGAUCAAGCUACUCGACGUCUCCUUCGACACAUGGAACCUCCUUCACCGCUGGCUUGGUCGAAUUGUAGUUCUUGAGUCGAUUGCACAUACCUCCUGCUGGAUGGUAGGCAAGGUCCAUACUGAUGGCUGGGCUGCGCUAAUGGAGUCAUUUGGCUCCAGCAGUUUGAUAUUAACUGGCAUUGUGGCGACUGCCUGCGUCGUUGUCCUUGCUCUUCAUUCUUUCUCAGUACUGCGCCACGCGUUCUAUGAGACGUUCCUUCAUUUCCAUAUUGCCCUUGUCGUGGUCUUUCUCACGUUCCUAUGGAUGCACUUGGUUGGCUACUCCCAGCUGAAAUACAUACUCGUCGCUAUUUUACUAUGGGCUUUCGAGAGAUCUUGGCGUAUCGUCACCCUCAUCUAUAGAAACUACCUGCGGGGAAGUACGACUGCAACGAUAGAAGCUCUUCCCGGCGAAGCGAUGCGCGUCACCUUGAGAAUUGCACGGCCAUGGACCUUUAGACCUGGCCAGCAUCUAUACCUAUACAUCCCAUCCGUUGGUUGGUGGACAUCUCACCCGUUCACGGCCGCAUGGAGCGACGUGGAGGAAAGCGACUCAGAUGAGAAAGGCCUCGUCUCGACCCGACAAGAUAUACUCGGCCUACAACGGCCCACGAUCUCCCUCGUCGUCCGUCGAAGAACCGGAAUGACGAAUAAGCUAUACGAGAAGGCUACAAAGAAUGGCGCCACGAGCGUCACUCUCUCUGCCCUUGUAGAAGGACCAUACGGCGCCGAACAUGUUCUCGAUUCCUACGGCUCGGUUGUUCUAUUUGCUGCGGGUGUAGGCAUCACACACCAUGUUUCCUAUGUACGACAUCUCGUCGCCGGCUUCGCGGACGGGACAGUAGCCACCCGACGCCUUACUCUUGUCUGGACCAUACAAUCGCCAGAGCAUCUGGAAUGGAUCCGGCCGUGGAUGACCAGCAUACUGGCAAUGCACCGAAGACGCGAUGUCCUUCGAAUCAUGCUCUUCAUCACUCGACCACGUAACACCAAGGAAAUUCACAGCCCCAGCACGACGGUCCAGAUGUUCCCCGGAAAGCCUAACAUCGGCACCAUCCUUGAUGGAGAAAUUGAGAAACAGGUUGGAGCGAUGGGUGUGAUGGUGUGCGGAACAGGCAGUUUAAGCGACGAGAUCCGAUUUGCGUGUCGACAACGACAGACGCCAACGCAUGUCGAUUUUAUCGAGGAGUGCUUCACCUGGUAG